AGCAGUAGCAGUAGCAGUAAAGGUAUUUUGUAUUUUCAGCCCAAUGGAUAGACUUAUUGUUCUGUGACACAGAUUUAACCUUUUUACAAGAAGCGAACAUCGAAUGAUUUAGUAACGUGUAAUAAAAAAAAUUCGCAAAUCUCAUUUUGUCGAUUUGUUGGGCUGACAAGAGUUAGCUUAGGAUAUAAAGCUAAUAUUGAUUGAUCGAAGCCGGCCUUCAGCUGCAGUGAUUUCUGAUUUUAAAAUGAUCUGUAGAUGCUCGAGGUAAGCCUACAUAUAAAUACUAACAGUUUCUUUGUAUGAUUUCUUGAAUACCUUAUAUAACUCUGAUGAGGUUUAUCCGCUAGCCGAGAGGCUUGCCGGUCUGGAGUGAGGUAGAAUGUAUGUCUUUUAUUUUUACAUUUAAUAUAAUUUUUUGUUGGUUUUUUUCGCGAAGGCUGAGGUAAGAGGGAUGCCUUAGGCUGAUAGUUUUUAACGAGGCUUCGAUUAUUUUUGGCCAUCAAAACACCGAAUCUAUCUAAGACGAAAACAUUCUCUUUUUUUGUACUGCUAGGUUAAGUUUCCUUAGUAUAUGUAAUAGCAUGAUUUGUAGUGAUACUUGGCAUGAAUACCACGAGUGUUAUUUGGAAAUUGUUAUACGUAUUCGUCGAAAUCUUAUCCAGAUCAUGUGUUUUAUAGGGCCGGUGUUGACUGAUGUUACGGGCGACAUCUUGGUCAACUGUUGGUCGACAUAAUAUUAUGGGUUGUUUUAUCAGUCGAGCAUUGGUCGAGUAUUGGUUGAGUCUCAGUCACAUCUUGAACAGGACUCAACCAAUAAUAUUGUUGGCCAUUAAAGUGUAUCGGUUGACUGUCAGUCAAUAGUCGGUAGUUACUUCGCUGACAGAUUACCGACAUAUCACCAACACUUAAUCAAUGUUCUGCCGAUACCUUGACCAAUACCUUGACCUUGAUCUUAACUGACUCUCAACCACCACUUGACCAAUGACAACUGAUAUGUCAACCGACAGAUGACUGAGAUGUUGGCCAAUACGUCAAAAUUUCCUGUGAUUUGGUACAUGUAACUGAUCAAUCUGGUAUCAGCGCCUUGUGGAUGAGGUUAGAAAAAAAAUUUGUACAGGUGAUGAAGAUCAUCGACCAUACGUUACACCUCCAAUACCUUAUGGGCACGUGACUGAUGGCUCACUGAUACAUUGCUGACACACUACCAAUGCUAUCGUGACGGUCACUCAAUUGUCACUUUUUUUGACACUUGACCUAUGUAUAGUGACCAAUAUGUAGACUGACAGUUGACUGAGAUGUUGGCCUAUACAACAGUCGACACCCCCUUUAUGACACAUGAUCAGUGAUGUGUAUGUUACAGGUCAAAAAUAUUAAUCAGACGUAAUAAUUUAUUAAUUUUGACCUGUAACAUUUACAUUUGCGAUAACCAAUCAUGAAAAAAAUUAAAAUACAUGAAGUCAUGAUUACCUUGGGAAUCAUGUGAGUAGUAUUGUAUUUGCUGUCGUAUUUAUUCCCUCUUUUAACAUUUUCAGUGGUUAUUUUACUGUUUCACUCAAUUUGGUGGCAGAAUUCCUACUGUUUGAAUUUUGAUAAAUAUCUUGACACAGCUCCUUUGACAUGACUACCAUAAUGACAUCAAUCUGAUAUGUCAACCAUCUCCACCCCUCUAACCCCCUAACCUAUUGGGAUGUAGUGGGGGGGAGACUAAGGCUAUUGUCACACCUAUCUGGAUAGCUCUUGGGCCGACAGUGCAACAGUUCCAACAAAGUUCACCAGAACUUUCAAAUUAUGAAAAAGAAAUGUAGUUCUAUUUUUGAUUGACCAAUGGGUUUCUAACAGAUAUUAUAUGCAGUAGGAAAGCAUUAAUGUGACUUAUGAUUGAAAUUAUUAUUAUUAUUUUGCAGGUUUAUGAAUCCUCCAGCAAAGAAGAAUGAAGCCUACCAGCCUACAGUCAUAGAGCAAACAGCAAAUAUUAUCACCCAUGGGGUAAAAACUAUAUACAGUAACCUGCUGCUUACUACCUAAAUAUGCUUACUAUUAAUUUUUGGCCAUCGUUAAGAUCAACGUCAAAAAAUAUUAUUUUUAUUUGCUAUAGUAAGGCCUGGUUCAAGUACCAAACUAUUCAUGAGCUGAACCUACAGUUAAUACAUUGAAUUAAGCAACUUUAAGCAACUUGAAGUUUAAUUUGGUGACUGAGUGUUUUAAGGAACACCUAUGAUGCAAUUUGGAACAGCUCAGGUAUUCUUCUCGCAAAGCCCAUCCAGGAAUUUCAACUUUGGAGCAAUUUUGGAAUGGCUUUGAUUCAGAUGCCAAACUUUUCAAGUGCCAAUAUUAAUGCAUAAAUAAUUGUUAUAACUGUACUUUGCAACUAAGUUCGACUGAAAUGACCAUUUUUCUCCUUUUGAAUUUAGUUUGGCUGGAAUUAAGAUCGGCAUCUGAAUCAAUUCAGCUGGCCUUAUUAAUUUGGGUUGGCCUUAAUUCAAAUUAGAAUCCGCUCAUGAAGAGUCUGGCAUCUUAACCAGGCUUAACUAUAUUUUCUUAUCUGUGUUGCAGAUGUUUGUUUUCCCAGCUGUAUAUGCAGUUUUACGUCUUCACCAAAACUCUAAAAAGCUUUCAACAACUCACCGAUUUAUUGCUGAACUUUACGGGGUCUCCUUCAUCCUUGUGUUCUUGAUAUCCACCUUAUUUCACAUAGUUUGCCUCAUGGGAAAAGCCAGGUAUGACUUCAAUAUUAUGUGACUUAGCUUUUGUCACAGAUGUUAAUUAUCUUAACUUUGGCCAGUAACAUCUGCAAAACAGCAUCUCAAGAUCAACAAAUUACCGAAAGUGUUUUUUAAAUUUCCCCUCAGCUUGAUUGGCAAAUCGAACCAUGGCUUUUUAACAGGAAAAGUAUGGCACAUUAUCAAAUCCUGGUACACAGAUCAGGGCCCAGAACAAGGAUUUCAUCGCUGGCUUACUGACAGACUUAACGUUUAGUUUUGAGUAUGGUACAUGUAGGCUAUAUAUAACUUGUCAGGGCUUCUAACAUGAUGCAAUUGAGUUUUGCACAGUUUGUCUCCAGUUGUAUCCAAUAUCAAAAAAUCCAUAAGAAAACAUGUAAUUGCCCCUCCCCCCACCCCCCCGCAAAAAAAAAAACACACCGAAAACACCACAGCAGUGUCUGAAAUUUCUAAUGUUGGUGUGAAUCAAAUGAGCAAACAUUUUAUGUGAAAUCAUUACUCUAGGAAUUGCUGUCAUAAUUUCCUGCUACAGGACCUUUUUUGAGUUGCAUUUAUUUCUAGAACAGAUUAUGGUGAGAUGAUUUGUUAGUGUAACUUUUAAAUGUCAGGACAAAUCCCUUCGGUGUUACCAUUCAAAUGGAACCGCUUGUGCAGAACUUUUGCACAGUUUUAUUGGUCAGGAUUUUAUGAAAAUUUUCGGAUUUUUAGUGAUUUUUUUUUAUUUUGCCCACUGUUAUGGUUAAGUGGCUUCCUAGAAGUUGCUCUAACUUCCCAAUGGUUUUUGCACCCUAUCAGAAGCUUGAAUUGUGGUGUUAAUCGAAUCUUGAUGGUCAAUAUACCUUAACUCCAUUAUAGGUGCAUGAUUUUAAAUUUUACUCUUUUUGAAUAUUUUUCUCUUGUUCAGUUCCCUCAGGUAUUUCCUCCAUCUGAGUGAUCGCUGUAUUAUUUAUUUUUUCAUUGCUGCAUCAUAUAUGCCUUGGUAUGUUUCCAAGAUUUAUUGUAGCAUCAUUCAUGACAUUUCUCUCACUUUAUGACUGUUAUUACACACAGUAAUAAGCCAACAAUUAGUAAGUCAUAUGCUGAGCAACUUAUAAAUAAUCAGCGACAAAAUGAGUUUUGACACUUUGCCCUAAACUGGCUUUUUUACCUUUUACUGACCUCAAAAGGGGGAAAUAUAGCUUCUCCUCCCCCAUCCAGUGUUGUGCCACUGUUAGAGCUACCGAUAGAAAACAACAAACUACCCAAACUUUGAAUGGAGAUGACAGGGGAGGGGUGUGGAUUCUUUUGUUCUCUGAAGUUUCCCUAUUUGAGUACAAUGUCUUAACAAUUUUGUUGCCGAUUGUACUUGUAGCCUUUGUGUGGAAGUGAGUCUGAUGAUGUCUUUUUUUUUAUAGAAAAUUGCAUACCAUUUAUAUAAAAUAAAUAAAUUAUAACUAUUUAGAGGUAGCACAUUCAUUUAGUGGUUCUUCUUCAGGUUUUUGAGUAAGGGAGAGAGCCAACAACAACACCAGUACUUGAACCUGGGGCCACUUUGGUGGGAGACAAGUGCUCUUACCACGUGCACCAGUCCCUUGCUCCCUGAUUCACAUGCACAAGAGCAUUAGAUUAAUCAAUAGAAAUGUGUCUACAGGUUGGUGUUGAAAGAUGUUGGUAGAAUAGGCGAUUUUGUAGCUUGGCUGUUGUGGAUUCUAGCGGUUACUGGCACUAUUUAUUCCUACAUGUUUCAUGAAAGGUAUUUAUAACAAGCAUUCACAACAGCUCUUGCUAAGCCAAUGUGCUUGGUGGAUUUCCUUCCUUGUUUAUAUUUAGCUAUUGUGUUAGUUUCUCACUUGUGAGUGAUGCAAAAUUUUCCCACCAGUUUCACACUGGCUGCUCUGCCACCAAAAUUUUCCUGGAAAUCGCACAAGUCAGUCUCCUGGCAGGCUAGGCCAGACUGGUCAUCUUGAAAAUGAAAUAUGGCUUUUUGCGACAGUCUUUGCCAUCCUUAGUAUUUGGAAACUAGUCUGAUCUGGCGGGACAGUUUGCAUUAAUGGUGAAAUUCGGCCAGUUCUGACUUUAAAUGGUAAGUUCCCUCAGAGAGCAGAGGAAAAGUUAAUAGGGCUGGGGCGUAGGUACGGUGGGUGGGGGCAGACAAGGUGGAAGAACAAUAUUAGUACAGGGAGGUAUAUUUUUCCUCAUCAUUUCCUCUGCCUUUUCUUUUUGUUUGUUAGCAACCCCCUCAUCUUCCCAAUCUUUUUUUGCUUUUAUAACCCACGAUGGUAGUUAAAAUUUUAAACUGAAAUUUUGAGCUUGCACUCUGUUUAUAUUUGUGUAUCUAAUGUAGAUCAAAGGUGUUGAGAACUGAAUUUGAACGUUAUUGAAAUUGGGCGAAAGUUUCAACAGACAGACUGCACUCGUAAUACAUAAGAAAAUGUAAGAAAACCAGGGGCACCCAACGACAGUUUCCUUAUAAAUUCAUUGAAAACACUUUUUAGGUUAUCCAGAGUACUUUUAGAUCUCUAGAAAGGCUUUCUAAGCGGCGCUAUAAAAUUUGUAUCUGUUCGGUCAUCCUAGGGGAACUUGAGUGUUUUCGAAAUUACAAGGGCUUCAGCACUAUUUUCCUGAAAUUUUUAGGUGCAAUUUAGCGUAUUACGAAAGUGAGAAUUUUACUGAUUCCUCUCUCCAACACAUUUGAAUCCGAAAAUUUUCGGUUUCCUCUGUUCUACGUAAAAUAGCCUAACCUGAGGGGUGAAUUGUGAAAACUUUAGAAAAUCAUAGGGAAUUCAUUAGAUAAGGCUUCGAAAAUGGAACGGUCAUCUAGAAAUUUUUUUUUUUAAAUUUUUAUUAUACAAACGAUCCAUGACGUUUUAUUACCUCAGUGAGGAGGUCACCAAGAGUAAUUGUUUAAAACAUCUUAUUGAUAGGUAUUGAUUGGAUUAUUUUUUGUUAUAGGUAUAAAACUGUAGCAACAAUCCUGUACUUAAUAGUUGGAAUAUGCCCGUCUCUCCCACUUGUUUUCGCCUCUGUAAGUAUGUUAUAUGUUAUUUUCCCUUACUUCCAAUUUCCCUUCGCCACACGAGAAGUUAGAUCAUCCUCCACCUAAGUUACUUCGCCUCUUAGUGCUUCACUGUAAUGAAAUCACAAUGGGUGAUAAUAUCACGUUAAUAAUCUUGCAAAUCUUUUGAUUUCUUUCCACUCGAAACGCGCGAAUUUGCCCCAAAAAGGGUUACUGAGAAUGAGGCGCGCGGCCUAUUUGACACUUGAUUUUCCGCUUUGAUAUCAAGUGACGUAAAUUGAUUUGACUUAUAACACAAGAUGGCCACAAAUAAGAAGGAUGGGUGAAAAAGGAGGGAUGAUAUUGUGUCGCCGGAUCGCCUAACAACGUAAGCUGCAAAAACACAAGUAACACUCAGUGCAUGUUCAUGUAUCGGUGUCCGAAGAGGCACAACUGAGAGCACAUUUUUAAUCAGUCAAUCAAUCAGUGUGUCUAAUACACAUCAUCUAAACUUUUCUACUUUACAGACGGAUAAAGCUGGUCUAGCCGAGGUGGGCCUGGGUGGAGUUUUUUACGUCAGCGGUGUGGCAUUUUUUAAGUUGGAUGGCCGUUUACCCUUUGCGCAUGCGAUCUGGCAUGUUUUCUGUGCAACUGGGGCGUGGUGCCAUUUCUAUGCAGUUUACACUCAUCUUUACUUAGAAAAGCACUAG